UUCGAGAUCUUUUCCGCCCCCGCUACCGGCGCUCCUUCUGCAGCCGCUGAGCCAGAGCCGGCCGAGCCGUGCUGUUGGCUGCCCCCUUUCCAAGGAUUUGGGCGCUCGCCUGGAUACCCGCAGUGCUUCAUUACUCCUGGCACCCAGGUCUACGCGGUUCGCUUUCCGCGUCCUAGUCCACCUCUCCGCUUCCCAGCCCCGCCGGGUUCCGUGUCCUGUAUAGCCGGCCGGACCCGGGCCCGAGCAGUAGCCGGCGCCAUGUCGGUGGUGGGCAUAGACCUGGGCUUCCAGAGCUGCUACGUCGCUGUGGCCCGCGCUGGCGGCAUCGAGACGAUCGCUAAUGAGUAUAGCGACCGCUGCACCCCGGCUUGCAUUUCUUUUGGUCCUAAGAAUCGUUCGAUUGGAGCAGCUGCUAAAAGCCAGGUAAUUUCCAAUGCAAAGAACACAGUCCAGGGGUUUAAAAGAUUCCAUGGCCGUGCAUUCUCUGAUCCAUUUGUGGAGGCAGAAAAAUCUAAACUUGCAUAUGAUGUUGUGCAGUUGCCCACUGGAUUAACAGGUAUAAAGGUAAAAUAUAUGGAGGAAGAGCGAAAUUUUACCACUGAGCAAGUGACUGCCAUGCUCUUGUCCAAACUGAAGGAGACAGCAGAAAAUGUUCUUAAGAAGCCUGUUGUUGACUGUGUUGUUUCGGUUCCUUGUUUCUAUACUGAUGCAGAAAGACGAUCAGUGAUGGAUGCAACACAGAUUGCUGGUCUCAAUUGUCUGCGAUUAAUGAAUGAAACUACUGCAGUUGCUCUUGCUUAUGGAAUCUAUAAACAAGAUCUUCCUGCCUUAGAAGAGAAACCAAGAAAUGUGGUUUUUGUAGACAUGGGGCAUUCUGCUUACCAAGUUUCUGUUUGUGCAUUUAAUAGAGGAAAACUGAAAGUUUUGGCCACUGCAUUUGACACAACACUGGGAGGCAGAAAAUUUGAUGAAGUGUUAGUAAAUCAUUUCUGCGAAGAAUUUGGGAAGAAAUACAAGCUAGACAUAAAGUCCAAAAUCCGUGCAUUAUUAAGACUGUCUCAAGAAUGUGAGAAACUCAAGAAAUUGAUGAGUGCAAAUGCUUCAGACCUCCCUUUGAACAUUGAAUGUUUUAUGAAUGAUGUUGAUGUAUCUGGAACUAUGAAUAGAGGCAAAUUUCUGGAGAUGUGUGAUGAUAUCUUAGCUAGAGUGGAGCCACCACUUCGUAGUGUUUUGGAACAAGCCAAGUUAAAGAAAGAAGAUAUUUAUGCAGUAGAGAUAGUAGGUGGUGCUACACGAAUUCCUGCAAUAAAAGAGAAGAUAAGUAAAUUUUUUGGUAAAGAACUUAGUACAACAUUAAAUGCUGAUGAAGCUGUCACUCGAGGCUGUGCAUUGCAGUGUGCAAUCUUGUCGCCUGCCUUCAAAGUCAGAGAAUUUUCCAUCACUGAUGUAGUACCGUAUCCAAUAUCUCUGAGAUGGAAUUCUCCAGCUGAAGAAGGGUCAAGUGACUGUGAAGUCUUUCCAAAAAAUCAUGCUGCUCCUUUCUCUAAAGUCCUCACAUUUUACAGAAAGGAACCUUUCACUCUUGAGGCCUAUUACAGCUCUCCUCAGGAAUUGCCCUAUCCAGAUCCUGCUAUCGCUCAGUUUUCAGUUCAGAAAGUCACUCCCCAGUCUGAUGGCUCCAGUUCAAAAGUGAAAGUUAAAGUUCGAGUAAAUGUACAUGGCAUUUUCAGUGUGUCCAGUGCAUCCCUAGUGGAAGUACAGAAGUCUGAGGAAAAUGAGGAACCUAUGGAAACAGAUCAGAAUGCAAAGGAGGAAGAGAAGAUGCAAGUGGACCAGGAGGAACCACAUGUUGAAGAGCAACAGCAGCAGACACCAGCAGAAAAUAAGGCAGAGUCUGAAGAAAUGGAGACCUCUCAAGCUGGAUCAAAAGACAAAAAAAUGGACCAACCACCUCAAGCCAAGAAGGCCAAAGUGAAGACCAGUACAGUGGACCUGCCAAUUGAGAAUCACCUGUUAUGGCAGAUAGACAGAGAGAUGCUCAACUUGUACAUUGAAAAUGAGGGUAAGAUGAUCAUGCAGGAUAAACUGGAGAAGGAGCGGAACGAUGCUAAGAAUGCAGUGGAAGAAUAUGUGUAUGAAAUGAGAGAGAAGCUUAGUGGUGAAUAUGAGAAGUUUGUGAGUGAAGAUGAUCGUAACAGUUUUACUUUGAAACUAGAGGAUACUGAAAAUUGGUUAUAUGAGGAUGGAGAGGACCAGUCAAAGCAAGUUUAUGUCGAUAAAUUGGCUGAAUUAAAAAAUCUAGGUCAACCUAUUAAGAUACGGUUCCAGGAAUCUGAAGAAAGACCAAAAUUAUUUGAAGAACUAGGGAAACAAAUCCAACAGUAUAUGAAAGUAAUCAGCUCUUUCAAAAGCAAGGAGGACCAGUAUGACCAUUUGGACCCUGGUGACAUUAUGAAAGUGGAGAAAAGCACGAAUGAGGCCAUGGAAUGGAUGAAUAACAAGCUGAAUCUGCAGAACAAGCAGAGUCUGACCAUGGAUCCAGUUGUCAAGGCAAAAGAGAUUGAAGCUAAAAUUAAGGAGCUCAUGAGUAUCUGUAGCCCUAUAAUUUCAAAGCCCAAACCCAAAGUGGAACCUCCAAAAGAAGAGCAAAAAAAUGCAGAGCAGAAUGGACCAGUGGAUGGACAAGGAGACAAUCCAGGGCCUCAUGCUGCUGAGCAGGGUACAGACACAGCUGUGCCUUCAGAUUCAGACAAGAAACUUCCUGAAAUGGACAUUGAUUGAUUCUAACACUUGUUUAUAUUAAAACAGACUAUUAUAAAGCUUUAAGUUGUCAGUUUUGUUCUGAAUAUCAACUAGAGCAAGCAAAUACUGGAGAUUUCUUAGCAGUUUUUAGGGGAUUUGGGGGGAGGGGAUAUAGGUAAUGUAUGGAGCAUUUUGACUUCUAAAUAGCUAGAUACUAAAAUUAAGUGCAUUGUAUCUUUUUUCAUAAGGUACUAUUUAGAAGCCCAGUUGGUUGUACUGAGCUUAAGCUACACUCCUUUUGUGUUUAAUCAUGCUUCUACAAAGAUAAGUUUGCUUUGGAAAGUUGAGCUAUAGCAAAAGCUCUAACUAGCUAUCAAGCAGACUUUUAGUUAUGAUAUAAAUGGCAGGAGCUCAAUUAAUUGUGCUUCAAAAAUCUGUUGUUGAGGUUGCCACAAAGGCUCCCUGCCUGUUUUGGGGAUGGGGUGGGUCUCCCUUUAUUUCUAAGGGCUAGAGCAUGGCAUGGCAUGGAUUAACAUAGAGCAACAAAGGUAUGCUCUGAGCUUCCCCAGUAAAAGAGCGCUCAUUACAGAUGCCACAUGCUCCUCUUGGAACAUAGACCCCCUCACCUGGAGCAAGUCAUUAACUGAGGUUUUUAAAAGACCUGGAGGCUCUUCCUGAAAUUACGUUCACUAAAUCCCCAAGCGUCAAAGUCUAAGUCUCUUCAGAAGGUUAGAAUUGGGUAGAUGUAUUGUUGGUUAUAGGCAUGGUAAAUUUAAUGGAGCGAUUGUUCCUUGUUAAUUAUGGCAUAAAGAUAUUUAACCUGGCCUGCUUACUCAGGUGGGAGAUGUUCUGUGUAAAUUUGAGUUAGAGCGUCAACUUCUAGGACAAGAGUUAAAAGUUGUUUUUAGCUCAUACACAAUCACUUGUGUGUUAAGUGUUAAUAUCUGUCAUGAACCUGCCAAUUUGUACAUGUUAAACAGCUGACAGAAAAUACAAAAAAAAAAAAAAGAUACACUGGAUUGUACUGGAUGAGUCUGAAAUUAGUGUUAAAGAAACGUGCCUGA